AUGUCCGCCCCCUCACCACAAACCCUCUACUUCGCCUACGGCUCCAACCUCUCUCUCACUCAGAUGCAAACCCGUUGUCCAGAUUCCACAUACAUAGGCAUGGGUGUCUUGCAAAACUAUCGAUGGAUUGUGAAUCAGAGGGGCUAUGCUAAUGUUGUUUUUUGCGGGGAGUUUGAAUCUCACUCUCACUCUCACUCUCAGUCUAACUCUCAGUCGAAGUCUCAGUCCGGAGAAGAUAUUAAAGACGGAACCCAUCAUCACCCCUCCAUCAAAGAAACAGCCACCAACCUCCCAUCAAACACCGUCUACGGACUCCUCUACACGCUUUCCCGUCGCGACGAACGCGCCCUCGACAUAAACGAAGGGGUCCCCUUCGCAUACACAAAAGCAUAUCUUCCAAUCACCCUCCUAUCCACUUCGCCAACACUUGAUACGCUCGCUAUAUCGUCAUUGCUGUCUUUAUUUCCUAGCGGUUCCAGUUCCGGUUCCAGUUCCGGUUCCGGUUUCGGUUCUGAGUCUGGGGUUUCGAGUGCUAGAUCAGCAUUAGCAUUCCCAUUUUCAUUCCCAUUACCUCUUUCAUCUACUCCUCCCUCUUCUCCCUCUACAGCAUCUCAAAUUCCUCUCUCCCCCACCACCUCUCAACAACCUCCACCCCUCCAAAUCCGCGCACUAACCUACGUCGAUACCCAGCGCAUUACCCCCUCGGCCCCCAAUCCAGAAUACGUCACGCGUAUGAAUCGCGGGAUUCGGGAUGCCCUUUCCAAGGGAUUUCCUCCAUCGUAUGUACGAGAUGUGAUGCGGGUUUACAUUCCCGCUCGUGAGGAGGGAGACGGCUUCUGA